UCCGCCGGUCAGAGGGCGGGGUCACGCGCAGCUCUUUCUUCCGCACCAUAACAAACUUUAAAGCCGUAGAGUUCCGUUUUUUUUCCCACGAGCCUGAAGCGGAUCUGCACAGCUCGAGCUGAGACAUUUAAAAUGGAAAUUCCGCCCAUAAACCUGAAGGCCAUCCUGGUGGUCCACUGGUUUUUGACGGUCUGGGGCUGCAUUCUCUGGCUGCCGUCUUCUUACAUCUGGGCAAACGGCAGUGUGCUGGCGGUGGGCGUGUGGGCCAUGGCACAGAGAGACUCCGUAGAUGCUGUACUGAUGUUCCUGAUUGGGCUGUUGCUGACGAUCGUGAUCGACAUCGUCCACUUUGCCUUAUUUUACUCACUGAACACUGGAGGAAACCUGUUCCGCUUCAGCGCGGGCAUGGCCAUCCUCAGCCUCAUCCUGAAACCCCUCUCCUGCUUCUUCGUCUAUCAGAUGUACCGUGAGAGGGGUGGAGAAUACAACAUCAACUUCGGUUUUCCGACAGUGACCCGGAACCGAGACAACUAUCAGUCCAUCGACCAUCAGGACCAAUCUGGCAACGCGGCCAAGCCAUUUAUCCAAGGAGAGGACCAGAAACAUGGCGUGCGAGCUUACUGAUUUAUGCCUUAACUCAUUAUCCGUUUUUUUAAAUGGUCACUACACUGCUGGAAAAGAAGAUACUGAAAAGUUACUAAAGUGUAGCAUUGCUUGUUACUGCUGGGAGACCCUCAGGGGUCAGUAAUCGGUACCUUUAUUUUGUAUGUUUUGCCUGGGAAAGUGAAUGCAGUUGCUUUUAAAAUGAUUUAAGAUUCAUCAUUAGACCUCAAGGACCUUAUUUGGACCUUAAAUGAGUUUUCCAAGGUGAAAUAUAUUUACGUUACAUGUAUAAUGGAUGUACUUUUGCACAUCCCACCCCCUUGACAAGCAAUAGUACAGUUUAGUCCUUUUUUCUGGGAGUGUGUGUUGGAUUAAUUGCAGUUUGUGGAGCAGUGAAGUUGAAUGUUAUCUGUUACAAGCAAUUUAGGUUCAUGGCUAAAUGUGGCAAUGGGUGGCAGGUUAAUUUUUUUCUUCACAGCCAUGCUGUACCCAUUUUCCAUCAUGUACAUCCUUAUAGGUUUUUGAUACUGUAUUGUUGUAAGGUGCUUAACGAAAGAAAAAAUGUAUAUGAGAAUUAUAGGAAUGUACAUACUUAUAGGUACAUGUCUCUACCAGUCGUUCUUCCUUAUAUAACUGAAUGCAGACGAGCAUCUGUAGCCUAAAUGCAAAUAUAUAUCUAUAAGUAUGUUGGAACAGUAAGGUUUGUGUAUGAAUGUGGAAUGCAGAAGUCAUGGUAUGAUAACCACACAGUAUCAUAUGUUUUUUUUUUUUUUUUAAAUCAAAUGUAAUUGUGUAGGCGGAUUGUAAUGGGCUACUUGCACUCAGGGCCAUGACGUAUUUCCGUAGCACUGUGUACAUUUGGCAGUACAGCGAGACAGCAACAUCUAACUUUGUUUUUUUUUUUUUUUUUUUUCUUUUUUCUUUCAGUCUUACAGUAAGAUCAUAGCGUUGGGCUAACGUUAGCUUGGGGGUUGGGUUCUAUUAAUAGGUAUUUUCUUACCUCCAUAGUAGUAGCCUUUCUCCAGCUUACUAAAAGAAGCUUUGCAAGAGUUUUUACAUGUAUGAUGAAUGUCACUGAUAUUCAUUUUCAGACACCGGGUGUAAAAUAGCACCGUUGCCAUUAUAGUGGACGAGCUGGAAGCAAAAGUGCUGUCUUGGUUAUAAUGCGGUAUAAAGUGUUUGUGCAAGUAGCCCAUUUUAUAGCUGGAAAGAUGGAUUAUAGAUGGGAUUGAAAAAAAAAAUAGAGGAUUUGUAUUACAUCUAAGAAAAUUAUUUCUACAUUUUAAUCCUUAUAUCUACAUUUGUUAUCCUUUAUUUAUACCUUCCAAGUUCUUGUUACAAAUCUUUUUGAUAUUGUUAGAAAUUUGAACAAUUGAGGGCAAUGUGGUUGAAUUUUGUUACAUCUGAAAAAAAAAAAUUAGCCCCACCCCUAAUUGUCAUGUUACCCUUCAUAAUGCAAAAAGUGUAGAAAAGUUUCGUAUUAAAAGUACUGUUAUUUGAGUAA